AACGCUAAGCCAAUCACAGAGCGGAGCCUAGGUCAGGUGACACCAGGGUGGCGUCGUGUCGGAAGCCGUGCUGUCAAAAUGGCAGGACAUGAACAUCACCAUCACCACUUCUCCCUGUGUUUCUGCGACCUGAUGAGGCUGCUGUGGUCGCUGGUGGUGCCCUGCGUCUACCUGAGCCUGGCCCUCACCCUGCUGCUGCUCCUGGUCCUGCUGGGGCUCCGGCUGUGGCUGCAGGCUCGCCGCAGGUCGCGCCGCGCUCAGCAGGGCGGCCCGGCGGUGGCCUUCUUCCACCCGUACUGCAACGCCGGAGGAGGCGGGGAGCGCGUCCUCUGGUGCUCCCUGAGGGCCCUCAUGCACCGGUACCCCAGCGUGGCCUUCGUGGUCUACACCGGCGAUAAGGGAGUGACCGGGGAGCAGAUCCUGGAGGGAGCGCGGCAGCGUUUCAACAUCGCUCUGCCUCGACCCGUCACCUUCAUCUUCCUGCGUCACCGCGGGCUGGUGGAGGCCGCCUCUUACCCCCACUUCACCCUGCUGGGCCAGAGUGUGGGCUCCAUGUUCCUCGGGUGGGAGGCCCUCACCGCCUUUGUUCCCGACCUUUACGUGGACUCCAUGGGCUACGCCUUCACGCUCCCCAUCUUCCGCUACCUGGGGGGCUGCAAGGUGGCGAGCUACGUUCACUAUCCCACCGUCAGCACGGACAUGCUGUCUGUGGUCAGAGAGAGGAACCCCAGGUUCAACAACGCAGACUUCAUCUCCAGGAACCCGGUGCUGAGCGCGCUGAAGGCGGUGUACUACUGCUGCUUCGCCCUGCUCUACGGCCUGGCCGGCUCCUGCAGCCACGUCGUCAUGGUGAACUCCACCUGGACGCUGCGCCACAUCCUGGCCCUGUGGCGCUCGCCGGGCCGCACCAGCAUCGUCUACCCGCCCUGCGACGUGCGGGCCUUCCUGGACGUCCCGCUGGAGGGGGGCGACAACGACGACGACGAGCUGGAGGAGGGCUGGGAGGAGCUGGGGGGUGACGAGGAAGGCGGCGGGGCGGACAGGAAGCGCCACUCCAUCGUGUCCGUGGGUCAGUUCAGGCCGGAGAAGGACCACCCGCUGCAGAUCCGAGCGUUUCGCAAGCUGCUGGACAGGAAGGGGGACGGCCCCGGGGGGAGGGAGGCGCUGCGGCUGGUGCUGGUGGGGGGCUGCAGGAACCAGGAGGACGAGGACCGGGUGCUGAUGCUGCGGGGGCUCUGCCAGGAGCUUGGCAUUGCGGACCGCGUCGACUUCAAGCUCAACGUUCCCUUUGAGGAGCUGAAGAGGGAGCUGGCGAACGCCAGCAUCGGCCUGCACACCAUGUGGAACGAGCACUUUGGCAUCGGCGUGGUGGAGUGCAUGGCCGCAGGCACCGUGGUCCUCGCCCACAAGUCCGGAGGCCCCCAGCUGGACAUCGUGGUGCCGCACGAGGGCCGGCAGACGGGCUUCCUGGCCGACAGCGAGGACAGCUACGCCGCCGCCAUGGAGACCAUCCUGGCGCUGUCGCCGUCGGCCAAGCUGGAGAUCAAACGGGCCGCCCGGGAAUCCGUGGGGCGGUUCUCGGAUCAGGAGUUUGAGGCCUGCUUCCUCGCCGCCACAGAGUCUCUGCUGAACAUGCUGGUGCCGUGAAGAGGCACAGAGGAGACCCGGUGUCCGCCGGGGAUCAGAGCGGCAGUUUUCUUUCCGUCUGUGCAGAAAACCGGCCGGCUGGAUGCAGCAUGGAGGAGGAGGAGGAAUGCACCGAGUAACGGCACAGAUCUAAGUCACUUUCUAUUUUUCUUGGCUUUUAAAGACCUUGUGGAACUCUGGACCCUCUCUUAGCGCUGCUACUUCACGUUUUUCUCAUUUACUCUGAUGCCACUGAGUGGCUCUGAGGAGUGAAGCUCAUUGGUCUGAUUAACGCAUCCCGAGCUAAUUGUUAAAGUGCAACACGGUGACUCGUUGUCGGCUUAGUUACCAGGAAGCCAGACAUUAAUACAAAUACAUGUGAAAUUCAUGAAUGAAUCAACAUUCUCUUUGAAUUCCAGCCUAAAAGCAGAUAAGUGUCCAGACUGAAGAAAAGAAGAAGCAGAUCAUUCCCAGUGUCCUAUUUUAAACAGGCAUGCAUGUGGGCAUCUAUUUCCUGAACAGCUCAACACAUAGUCCAGGUGUCAGGAGAGUGGAAGCAUGCAGACGUUUGGGUCCCAGGCUAACGGGGACCAUCUGAAGGCUGUUGCUGCGUGUGUGUGUGUGUGUGUUGACUCUUGAUCCAAGAAGCUAAAGGAUUUUGUGUGUGGCUGUUUAACAGACCAACCAUCUGAUCGUUGCACACGCCUGACUCCAGGAUGUAGGUGAAUCAGACCGCUUUCUGCAGCGAGCCACGUCGUUUCCCCUUUCAGAGUUUCUGUCUAAACUAAGCUGGACUUGGUGCGUCUCUGCACUGCAGAUCAUGUCGACGUCUCACUUUUUUUGAGAUUAACAAACUUGUUUCCUAAAACCCGCUGUGUUUAAAUGUCUCGGUGCAGAAACAAAACAAAACAAAAAAAAAAACAUCUUUGGAGUUUCAUUCUAGGCUGUACAGCUGAUGCUGACAUGAUUUUUGAAGAGGAUUUGUUUUUCUGAUGGCAUCCCCUGGCACCUAGUGAGCUCUAAAAGAUCUAAAUAUUAUUUCCUGUCAGCGGAGUUCUAGUUAAAUUUUUUUUUUUUUUCUGUUGCUGCUUUGUGCAUCCUCUGUAGUUGUAUUUAACAUGGAGGGAACGCUGAGGUGACGGCCAAAUCUGUCGCUUCCCUCCACUUGCAUUCCUGCUUUAGAUGACGUAAUAUAAUAAAAUGUAUGAUAUUAUGAAAUCAUUAUUUUCAAAGAGGCAUUAUUACUAUUUAAGUCUAUGUAUGUUGUUUAGGUGACUGGAGAAAUGGAAAUUACACUUGAAUAAUACUGCAAUAAAACCCUUAAAAAAAA